GUGUGGAGCCCGAUUGUCACUCAGCUCCCGCGCCGGGGGCGACAAGGCACCGGCUCCGGGAGACGUGUCCCAACCAGCUCCCAUCCCCCUAAUAGGCGGGUCUUGGAUUCUCCUGGUAUCCCCGGAGCAGGCAGCUGCUGAAGGCGUCGAGCUGCGAGCUGCGGGACACUUGGGCAAUAGCGCUCAGGUGGUCAGGAGCUCUGUCAGCUUUGGUGACCUUGGGCCAGGCUGGGAGCGCUGCGGCGGGAGCCUGGAGGACGAUGAGCCACCGAGAGGUGCCCAGAGCCCAGCCCUGCCCAGCGCAGUCCGGGAGCUUUGGGCGGCUCCGGGUGCCCGGAACUUUGGGCGCCACCUCCGUGACCCCCUGCCUGCCAGCAGGCAGGAUGGUGCCUGCCUCGUGCCCCUCGGUGCCUGCUUGCUGAUGUGUCCAGCCUGUGCCCACCAUGGCGCCCUCCAUCUCGGCCUUCCAGGCCGCAUACAUUGGCAUUGAGGUGCUCAUCGCCCUGGUCUCGGUGCCUGGGAAUGUGCUGGUGAUCUGGGCGGUGAAGGUGAACCAGGCGUUGAGGGAUGCCACCUUCUGCUUCAUCGCGUCCCUGGCAGUGGCUGAUGUGGCAGUGGGUGCCCUAGUCAUUCCACUGGCCAUCCUCAUCAACAUUGGGCCACAGACCAACUUCUACACCUGCCUCAUGGUCGCCUGUCCCGUCCUCAUCCUCACCCAGAGCUCCAUCCUGGCCCUGCUGGCAAUCGCUGUGGACCGCUACCUCCGUGUCAAGAUCCCACUCAGGUACAAGACGGUGGUGACCCCCCGCAGGGCCGUGGUGGCCAUUGCCGGCUGCUGGAUCCUCUCCUUUGUGGUAGGUUUCACCCCUAUGUUCGGCUGGAACAACCUAAGCACGGUGAAACAGGACUGGGUGGCCAACGGCAGUGUGGGUGAACCUGUCGUCAAGUGUGAGUUUGAGAAGGUCAUCAGCAUGCAGUACAUGGUCUACUUCAACUUUUUCAUCUGGGUACUGCCCCCGCUGCUCCUCAUGGUCCUCAUCUACCUGGAGGUCUUCUACCUGAUCCGCAAGCAGCUCAACAAGAAAGUGUCGGCCUCCUCUGGAGACCCGCAGAAGUAUUAUGGGAAGGAGCUGAAGAUUGCCAAGUCACUGGCCCUCAUCCUCUUCCUCUUUGCUAUCAGCUGGCUGCCACUGCAUAUCCUGAACUGCGUCACUCUCUUCUGCCCCUCCUGCCGCAAGCCCAGCAUCCUCACGUACAUCGCCAUCUUCCUCACACACAGCAACUCGGCCAUGAACCCCAUCGUCUACGCCUUCCGCAUCCAAAAGUUCCGGGUCACCUUUCUUAAGAUUUAUAACGACCAUUUCCGCUGCCAGUCUGCACCCCCCAUUGAGGAGGAAGGCCUCCCUGAAGAGAGGCCUGGAGACUAGACUAUCCCCUGACCCCACCAGCCCCACAUCCACCAAGUCUCAACUAUUCUCCCACUUGUCUCCCUGCGCCUUCCCCAGUUGGGCUGUGGGGUGAGGGUGCUGAAGAAACAACCAUGGAGCAGGGGGUCCCUCCACAAAGAGUUAA